UAUUUGAUACGGCCAGAAUUCUAUCCAGCAAUGUUCACCCUAGUGUUCCAACCAAAUCCUUUCUUUCACGAACAAUAUGGAACAUAUUUUGAAGAUCUGAAACAGCUCAGGGAUGCAGAAUGGGUUGGGUUCUGCCACGAACAUCAAAAGAUUUGGUAUAUCACUUGUCCACAGAUGACUUCAACAACAUUCGUAAUGCGGCACGUGAAUGUUGACAUCUAUAAACAACCAUCGCAAAUGAUGGCGUACUAUCCAUAUUUUAUGAAGAGUAUAGGUUCCAAAACAAAGAAGAAUAAAAGCUGCCAAACUACCGAAGACUACGUUUAUAGAAUCAGGGAGUCCAGUAAAAUUUGGAACUACUUUCCCAGUGAUUCUCAGUCUAUCAGUAGCGCUUUGGCUAAUUUGGCAACGAAUCGUCUAAAUGGAACUACCCAUAAUAUAAUUCAAAGGCCAUUCACCAUCGAAGAAUCCGAGUCAUACGACAGUCAGUGGCCCGUUGUUGGCCACAGCAGAACUAUCAGGCCAAAUCCCUCUAGACCGGAUAAUAUAUACAAGAUUCGUAAACUGGGUGGAUCCAGUCAUUCGAAGAUUGAGAACUAUGGUCUUCCAUCGAAUUCAGAAGCAACAACACCAACAGCUAAUCUGUCAUCUGUGUCAGACUCAACUAAAAGUGAAGCUAUGAGAAAACCACCUCCACCCUAUGAAAGUAGAGUUCUUUCAGCAGAAUUGCUUAUAAAAGACAAGGUUAAAACUGAAAUAGAUGAAGAGUUCGAAUUGAUAGAGACUGUUAUUUGGGAAGACGUGAUGAAAAACGAGGAAGAAUGGUAUAAAGAAGAACCAAAUACGCCUUCUCAGUAAUGUAUAAUUGAUUAAUCAUUGUACCACAUAUUUCAACAGAGUUAUAAUAAUUUAUUGGAAAAAGAUUAUAUUAUUCGAAUAUUUGAUUUGUAGUUACACCUAACUAUCAAGCAACGACUCAGUCUCUUGAGCUGCUGAUUAAUAAUUUUAUCAAACUGACUUGAAUGUUUAGUGGAAUGUAAUAUAUAUAUUGAAAGAU